AUGAAUCAAACUUUCAGCACCAGCAACAUCCCGUUAACUUUGGUCUUCUGCUUUCUGAACAUGAACCCUUUUGAGGCAGUGUACAAUUUAGCUGUUGCUAAACCAAUCGGUCAGAUUGAGUACAAAAGCAAAGUCAUUACUGUCGGAAAUUGCUAUCAGAGUGUGAUGGACACAAGUCUUACAGGUGGAAUGAAUUGUGUUUGGGCACGAGUUAGCAACGACAAUACAACAGGCGGUAACAAUCGCCGAGUUUGUGUGAUGCGUAUGUGCUUUAAAGUUAUUUGUUUUUGUUUUCUUAUUUUCUUUGAAGACGAUAAAUACAAAACGUUCAAUUAAUAAAUUUUAGCCAGUCAUUUCGGAAACGGACGUCAGUCAUUCGGAUAUAAAGUUCAAUGGACAUUUGAUUGGAAUGCUUUGCAAACUAACGGAAUGGAUGGAUUUUCAGGAGUGAUUAUAAUAACCCCUCAACAACAACAACAACUAGAAUUUGAUCCAUUUGAUUCGACUGACAAUAGUGAAACUAUUAACGUCGAUUUGACUGCACCCGUUCAAACGAUUGAAGCUUCUCUGGAGAAUUUGAUUCAUACCCCUCUUUCGUUUCAAUACAAACUAAUACCAUACAGAACUGCAAUUGAAAAGGUUAACUACGAUGAAAUGUUCCUGCCAACAACUGAAAUCGAUGCAAUCCUUGUAAUUGGGAAUAAGAGGCUUAAUGUCAACAAAGCUAUCGCUAAGAAACUUCUCGAGAAAACGAUUCGUCAGAUGAAUUCCAUUGAGAGUGCGAAGAAGUUGAAGGCAUCACAGGAAUACUCCAAACUUUCCAAUGACUCGAAAGCAAAAGUUCUCGAUCGUCUCAUGGACCUUAUUUAA